UCACCUGUUCUCUUAUGAUCUGCUUUUAUCUGUUUUUCUUUUCUUGUUUUCUAAAUUAUUUUAGAUGAGGCAAAUUCGAGCAGAGAUUGGUGCCGUGGCCAAAGCUGACGGUUCUGCUGUGUUUGAGAUGGGUAACACUAAAGUGAUUGCUGCAGUAUAUGGCCCUAGAGAGGUCCAAAAUAGGAGUCAACAAAUGAAUGACAAGGCCCUGGUGCGAUGCGAGUAUAGCAUGGCUAAUUUUAGUACUGGGGAUCGCAUGAGAAAACCAAAGGGUGACAGGCGAUCCACAGAGAUAUCUUUAGUUAUUCGCCAGACCAUGGAAGCUUGCAUAUUGACACAUUUGAUGCCUCGGUCUCAGAUAGAUAUUUUUGUCCAAGUACUCCAAGCAGAUGGAGGAACUAGGUCUGCAUGUAUCAAUGCUGCAACUUUAGCCCUUGCAGAUGCUGGGAUCCCAUUGCGGGAUCUUGUUACUUCAUGUAGUUCCGGGUACCUUAAUAGCACUCCUCUGCUUGAUUUGAACUACGUGGAAGAUAGUGCUGGAGGUCCUGAUGUCACUGUAGGGUUUCUCCCUAAGUUGGACAAAGUGACCCUUCUUCAGAUGGAUUCUAAGUUACCAAUAGACAUUUUUGAAAACGUCAUGCAACUUGCAAUUGAAGGCUGCAAAGCAGUAGCAAAUUACAUUCGAGAAAUACUGCUAGAGAAUACCAAGCAACUAGAGUAUCGUCGGGGUCUAUAGUUUAUAAACAAGGUAUCUCCUCUCUGACGUUGGUCCUCAGAAACUACAGCUUGGCCUGAUCAUCGUUAGGCUUCCAUUGCUUCAGUGUGGAUUUGGGAAUCCCCAUAUCCAAUUAAAGGCAACCAUAUAUAUAUAUUUUUUCUUUCUUUCUAGGGAAAAGGGGGAUUACAAAGGUGGGUCGUUCCCACAAGCAACCAUAUUCUUGUUUCAACUCUUAGUGGUUCCCUGGUUGUGGUGGGGAGUGUGUGGGAAAGCAUUUCUGCCUAAUUUUUGGACUCAGCUCUUGGAAAUCCUGCUUUUUUUUCUUGUGUUUGGCCAUACAUUGAGCUUCUUUUUAGUAUUUAAACCAUAAACUGAAUUGGUAUCA